AUGUCUUCCAGCUGUCCUUCGGUUGUCUACUCAGCCUCUUCCUGCAGCGGAACAGGCUUGCAAGCAAGAAUCAAGGGCAGAGAACUAUCUCAAUCUGUGUCUUCGGCAAUGGUUGCAGGCCCGCAUCCGACAACCCUUGCACAUGAAAAUGUACUCAGUGUUACGCCAAACCCAUUGCGAGUUCCUGUGAUGCUCGCAUCCGUUGUUCUCGUGUUGUUGCAGGUCAUAGACUAUCUGGUUGAAUGCAUUUUGGCGGACAUGGAUAUUGGCAUUGGCCGGCACCUCCUCAUCUACCGCUUGGAUGGCCAUUUCCUCGAGCCUAUUCUCGUGCCAGAGCGGGCACUCACAUGUUUUCCAAACCAAACCACACACAUAGCAAAAUUCGCGUCCGCAGCUGCCAAUCAUUAG